ACACACACACACAGAUCCGGUUACUCAGAUCUUUCCCUUUACUGGUGUUUCUUGACUGGAGCCUCUAAGCCUGAGCAGUGUGCCUGUACCUGUCCACCUGUAGGGUGCCUUCCAUUUGACAAAUUCCUUUUAGUUUCAUCUUAAAGCAUAUUAAAGUCACCCUCAGACCAAGAGCACUUAUCAUGAAGGCGCGACAUCAUGGCGGGGGGUCACUGGUUUCACUAAGGUCCACCUGGCUCCUCUCCAAACCUUGGUGACACAGCGGGACAGCUAACAGACGAGACAGCGAGGGGUUUGAAAAAUCCUAAACACCCGCAGCAUGACGGCUACGAAGAAGGAGUGACGACUUCAGCAAAAUAUCCCAGGUGCGUUAAACCAGUCCUCUGACUAUAGGUUUUAUUUAGAGUUGGAAACAACAUUAGAAUGUCAGGUUGUCACUGAUUAAUUUCCGAUAACUGCACAGCCCUGGGUUUUAUUCCUAGAAUUGGACGAAGCUCUUGAAUAACUGAUCCUAUUUUAAACAUCAUGUCGUGUUUCGAACCUUGUCUGUGUGUUGUUUAUGUCAUUUUUUAAUAGCUCCUCUUCAUCUUUUCCUGUUGUGGAGUGCCUGAGGUCAAAGGUCAGGAUGAUGCAACGUAUCCUCCACAACAUGUACGUGGAGCCGGACCUCCUCGCCGAGCUGAGCGAAGAACAAAAGCAGAUCCUUUUCUAUAAGAUCCGGCAAGAGCAGGUGCGGCGCUGGAUGGAGCGAGAGGCGCAAGGGGAAAGCUCCGAGAAGAACUCGGCUCCAUCGUUGAGGCAGGGGGAGAGAAAACACAUUCAGUGGCUCCAUGGCCUUGAUGGUGAGGUGUGGGUGUGGAUCAUGGGUGAAGCUCCUGGGGACAGACCUUAUGGGCAGAUCAUCAAAGAGCUGAUGGAGGAGAAAGCACGGAGGCAGGCCCAACUAGAAGCUCAAGAGCUGUGGCGAAAAAAGGAAGCAGAGAUCAAGCAGAAGUUCAGGGACGCCAUCGCUAAAGAGAAGGCGCGUCUGGUAGCUGGGAAAUGGAAAGAGGAAGCUGAGGACAGAAAGGCAGCAAAGCAAGAAGAAGAACGCAUACAGAAAGAGCUAAAGAAGCGUGAGGAAGAAGAGAGGCUGAAGGGAGAGCAAGAGGUUCGGUGUGCUGAGGAGAAGCGAGUGAAAGAGCUGUACAUGUCGCUGCAGCAGGAACAGAAACAAAGUGAACAGGAUGACAAGCGGUGGGAAGAACAGCUGCAGCGCUCCAAGGCGGCAGAUGAGGAGAUGAUGAGGAGGGCACGCUGGGCGAGGGAUGAAUAUAAGCGGCAGUCCAUCCGAGCCCUGGAGAAAGGCCAUUUCAAGCAGCAAAUCCCCGUCAGCAGGAGACACAGCGCGCUAGGAAUUGAGCCGUCAGACAAAUCACAGGAUAAAGUCUCGCCCUGUGGCAGAGAACAUGCUCGACCCGGCCUCCAGCCUGCGGAUCCUCCGCUCUACCGCCGAAGACAGAGCCGCAAAUACAGCAGCCCUGCGGUGCAGCCCCUGAUGGACAGCCCUGCAUGGGUCCGUGCUCCUCGGCCCAGCUCUAGAGAAUCAAUCGUACUUUGGUUUUCUGAGGACCAGAAGCCGAAAAAUGCCGGAUACGAGCGGACGAGCAACACCAUCGCGCCGUGGUUUCGAGGAAUAAUCACACGGGAGGAGUCGGAGAAAUUACUGAUGGAUGAAGCUGAAGGCUCCUUCCUGGUACGAGUGAGUGAGAGGAUUUGGGGUUACACACUGUCGUAUCGCACGGCCACUGGCUUUAAACACUUCCUGAUCGAUGCUUCGGGGGAUUAUUACAGUUUUCUAGGAGUGGACCAGAACCGCCACGCCACUCUCGCUGAUCUCAUCGACUUUCACAAGGAGGAGGUCAUUACCACCACUGGAAAGGAGCUGUUAAAGGAGGCAUGCAGGCGCACUACGCCCCCUGGAGACUACGGAGGACUUUUUUCAUAACUGCUAAAUUUCCUCUGCACUUCCACAGUCAUUCUUAAUGAACUGUUUGAGAUGUUGUAUUGGAAGUGGAAAGCGAUCUCUUGAGAAGUUUGGGGAAAAUAAUUAUUAUAAAUACACAGACACAGAAGUUUGACCCUCUAGAGAUUUAGGCCGUUAGCAGCAAAAAAACAAAC